AUGCAGACAUUCGUGCAGCUACCGCCCCUCAACUUCCCGCCCCUGACGCCCUUCCUCGGCCUGGCCGCUUCUACCACAGCCACCAGCUUCGUGAGCCCGCCGAGUCCCUUCGUGUGGUCGCCUACCACUUCCCCCGCCCGAGCACCCACGAGCCAGGUCCACAACAACCACCACAACCACCGCCAAGUCCCUCAGCACCACCUCCUCCACCAGUCGCCCUCUCUGUCCAGCCCCGCUGGUAGCCCACGACUCAACGAGCCUACUUCGACGCCCAGGCCGACGACACACGCUCGGUCGCUGCCCCCGCUUCGACCCCUACUCUGGUCAGGCAGCGCUGGCGCCGCCCACGGCCUGUUCUCCUUCCCCGUCCAGCCGAUGCCAGCCUUGCCCGGCUGGGGCACCACUCGGUCGCUCCCGGCCUCGCCCACCUCGACUCCUCCGCAGUCGCCCACGUCCGAGGAGCGUCGCCUACGGCUGGGCACGAAGCGGAAGCGCGCCAUGUCGGUCCCCCCGACCGGGGAGCAGCGCGCUCUUCUGCAGGCCCGACCCGGCCAGGGUGAGAUGGUCGCCAAGAGCGAGGUCACCUUCCCCCAAGGCACGCAGGUGGCCAAGUGGAAGCUCAACGGACCGCGCUAUAAGCGAUGCAAGGUCACGGACGCCAAUGGCGACGAUCAGUGGAAGAGAUGCCAGCACUGCGGCACCGACUCAACGCCCGAGUGGCGCAACGGCCCGCUCGGCAAGGGCACCCUGUGCAAUGCGUGCGGGCUGAGAUAUCGGAGCAAGCAGAGGGAACAGACGUCACGGGGCCAGAGUGGCAAUGUGCCUGUGAGUUUGUUGCUCAACCCCGAGUCAAACAAGAAGGGACGCGCCAACAUCAGCAACCCCAUGAUCUGGGAGACCAAGCUUUCGUCAUCGCCUGCCCAGCCGGGCAUACCUCAACGCCUACAACACCCCGUGUGA